AAACCCCAUCUCCCCUGACUGACACACUCCCAUCCGUACGGCUGCUUCCCGAGCUCGCCGCAGCCAAUUGCGGCGCCGGCGAUGGAGGCCACCGGCCGCGGGGUGUUCCCGAACAAGCCCACCCUCCCGCCGGGCCCCAAGAAGCGGGCGCCCCCGUCCCAGCAGACGCUCCUCCCGGCCUCCCCGCCGCCGCAGGCCCCCUCCUCGCUCCCGCUCGACUCCUUCCUCCUCCACCUCACCGCCGCGCCGGCCCCGGCCCCGUCCCCCGUCCCGCGCCGGACCCACCAGCAGGCGCCGCACCACCAACACCACCACCCGACCCCGACCCCGUCGAGCUCCUUCCUCUCCCCGGCCGCGCAGGCGCUGGUGCUCGAGCUCUCCGCCACGCCGCUCCCGGCCCUCCCGGCCUUCCUCGCCUCACGCCGCGACGACCUCCUCCGCGCCGCCGACCUGCCGUCCCUCCUCAAGGCGCUCGAGCUCUCCGGCCACUGGGAGUGGGCGCUGGCGCUCCUCCGCUGGGCGCGCGCCGAGGGGGCCGCCGAGGGCGCCGCGCCGCUCGAGAUGGUCGUGCGGGCCCUCGGCCGCGAGGGCCGCCACGACGCCGUCUGCGCGCUGCUCGACGAAAUGCCGCUCCCGCCCGGCGCCCGGCUCGACGUCCGCGCCUACACCACCGUGCUCCACGCGCUCUCCCGCGAGGGCCGCUACGACCGCGCGCUCCGGCUCUUCGACGAGCUCCGGCGCGAGGGCGUGGCGCCCACCCGCGUCACCUACAACGUCGUGCUCGACGUCUACGGCCGCAUGGGCCGCUCCUGGCCGCGCGUCGUCGCGCUGCUCGACGAGAUGAGGGCCGCGGGGGUCGAGCCCGACGGGUUCACCGCCAGCACCGUCAUCGCCGCCGCGGGCCGGGACGGCCUCGUCGACGAGGCCGUCGCCUUCUUCGAGGACCUCAAGGCCCGCGGCCACACCCCGUGCGUCGUCACCUACAAUGCCCUCCUGCAGGUCUUUGGCAAGGCCGGGAACUACACGGAGGCUCUGCGAGUGAUCAAGGAGAUGGAAGACGCCGGCUGCAAGCCUGAUGCCGUCACCUACAAUGAGCUUGCUGGGUCAUAUGCCAGGGCUGGAUUCUACCAGGAGGCUGCCAAAUGUCUCGACACGAUGAUCGGCAAGGGGUUGCUGCCCAACACGUUCACCUACAACACCAUAAUGACGGCGUACGGGAAUGCCGGGAAGGUGGACGAGGCGCUCGCCCUGUUCGACCGGAUGAAGAAGAAUGGGUUCGUCCCAUACACAAACACCUACAAUCUUGUCCUCGGCAUGCUGGGGAAGAAAUCAAGGUUCCCGGCGAUGCUAGAGAUGCUCGGGGAGAUGUCGAGGAGCGGAUGCACGCCGAACCGGGUGACAUGGAACACGCUGCUGGCGGUCUGCGGGAAGCGAGGCAUGGAGAGCUAUGUCACUCGGGUGCUCGAGGGGAUGAAGUCCUGCAGGGUUGAGCUGUGCCGAGACACCUACAACACACUGAUAUGUGCUUAUGGCCGGUGUGGUUCAAGGGCCAACGCAUUCAAGAUGUAUGAUGAAAUGACCGCCGCCGGCUUCGCCCCUUGCCUCACCACAUACAAUGCGUUGCUGAACGUGCUGUCUCGCCAAGGGGAUUGGACCGCUGCGUGUUCCAUCGUAAGCAAGAUGAAGAGCGAGGGUUUCAAGCCAAACGACAUGUCAUACUCGCUGCUGCUCCAGUGCCACGCAAAGGGGGGCAAUGCCGCGGGGAUCGAGGCCAUCGAGAGGGAAGUCUACCAAGGUACCAUCUUCCCGAGCUGGGUCAUCUUGAGAACACUUGUGAUCGCCAACUUCAAGUGUCGGCGGCUGGAUGGGAUCGAGAGGGCGUUCCAGGAGGUGAAGGCCCGGGGCCACAAGCCGGACCUCGUCAUCCUCAACUCCAUGUUGUCAAUAUAUGCGAAGAACGGAAUGUACAGCAAGGCGAUGGAGAUGUUUGAGUCGAUCGAGCAGUCCGGGCUGAGCCCGGACCUGAUCACCUACAACAGCCUGAUGGACAUGUAUGCCAAGAGCAACGAGCCCUGGGAGGCCGAGAAGAUCCUGAAGCGGCUCAGGACCUCCCAGUCCCAGCAGCAGCAGCAGCUCAAACCCGACGUGGUGUCUUACAACACGGUCAUCAACGGGUUCUGCAAGGAGGGGCUGAUCAAGGAGGCCCAGAGGGUGCUGUCGGACAUGAUCGCCGACGGCGUGGCCCCCUGCGUGAUCACCUACCACACGCUGGUCGGAGGGUACGCGAGCCGGGAGAUGUUCGCGGAGGCGAGGGAGGUGGUUGGGUACAUGAUCCAGCGCAAGCUGAGGCCCAUGGAGCUGACCUACAAGCGGGUGGUGGACAGCUACUGCAGAGCCAAGCGGUACGAGGAGGCCCACGGCUUCCUCGCCGUGGUCGCGGAGACCGACCCGAAAUCCGACCAGAAGCUGCUGGGCACGCUCGCCGCCCGCAUAGAGAGCGCCCAGUUCGGGAGAUGAGAUGAUGGUGACCAAGGUGCUUGUUCAUAGAGCUGUGUUGUUGCGUGUUCUGUGGCAGAUAUGUCGGGUGAUUGCCAAGUUUUGACAGGGGAGCGUAGCAUAUUUACUUGUGAAGAAGAUGAGAUAGUGCCGCACAAUGGCACAGAACAGAACUAGUUUUCCUCGCAUUCUUACAAAGUUAUUAUGAAAGUCGCAUUCGGCUGUACAGUUGUUAGCCUAUGGCAAGAGUCUGAAUUUUGAGGUGCUUUGGAUGUAUCAUUUGGCUUUGCAGAAUAUACAUAAGCAGCAAGGUGGUGCCGCUCCCAAAUUCUAUUACCACUGUAAAUUUUUAUAA